AGUGGAGGUAGUGAACGUAGGGAAGGUAGUGAACAGUCGAAGUGUUGGAUUUGGGGUGAAUAGUUCGACGUUUGAGUAUUGCGUAAGAUUGCGUAGGAAUUUGGUUUCUGUGUUUUUCAAAGUAUAUUGAACGGGUUAUAGUUGAAGAGUAAUUUUUAUCGUAUAUCCUAGAUCGGGUGAGAUAUCAAAUCGACAAUGGCCUAUCGUAAUCAACCAUCUAGGGGACAGAGGAGCAGUUUCCACGACGAAUGUGAUAAUUUGUUUCGUUUAAUUGAACGACGUAAGCGUCGUCAUGAAGGAAAAGGCACCACAUCAUUUGAUUCGCAGACAGCAACAAAAAUUGAGUGUUCCAACCGUAGAUCUCGUGGUUCAGGAAAUGCAGCGUUUUCAAAGUACAGAAAAAUUAAUGUCAACACAAGAGAUCAAGAUCCAUUAGUGGACAGAAGGAGCUUGUGCACUGAAAAUGAGCGUUCUUUGAGUAGAAAAACUACGUUAGUUAGUAGGGGGAAUUCUGUGUUAUAUACUCCAAGAGUUUCAGGCAUUCAUGAAAGUCAGUCUCAAAAUUUUGCUGCCUCAAGUUAUCCAUGUCAGAAUGUUUCUGAUUUCAAAAGUGGACGAAUGUAUUUGAAUCCUCAUUUUUUGAAGGAAAACAGUAGGUCAGAGUCAAGUGUAGUGGCAGAAUACAUUGCUUCAGGAAGUAAAGACAUUUCUAAAUUGAAACAUUCUGUACAUAUAAAUCCAAAGGUUCUUGCAGAGCAAUCAAUGAAAGCUACCACACAGUCACAAGGAACACAACCGCAUACUUCGGAAUUGCCCUUGGAGCCAUCGGGCAUUAACUUUCCCACUACAAAGUAUGUACAUCAUAGCAGAACAAAAUUAGUAAAGCAGAAUGCAGUACCUAGUCACCCAACUACAAGUAACAUGGUGAGAAAUUCUGGAACUACCUCACAGCCUGUGUCAAAAAAAUUGUCUCCAGUAAAUAAGAGCUCUCCACUAGGACCUUUGAUGUUCAUCAGCAGGACAAAAUUGGUGUGUGCUAAGUCAAGAGGCUCAAAUCAAGGUUUGCAGGGUUUAGAAAACAAUAGGCCCUCAGUUCCUGUGCCAAGUGCCUUCACUACAAGACACAAAGUUGUAAGAAGACAGUCGACAUUGUCAUGGUCCAGAUCAAGAAGAAACAGUGCCAGAUCUUCAGAAGUAGCUGUGAAGGCAGCAAAAGCAGUGUGUUCCGAACACAAAGUGGCGAGAUCCAGUGCGACCAAAAGUCCAAUUACAAAAUCUCGGUAUACUUACGUGGCUAAUAAAGUCGCAUCAGGUGAAGAAUCAAAGUAUAAAAUAGAUAGAAGGCUUCACAAAUCUCCAAAGACAUUAAAAACGUACUCUCUACAGUAUGAAAUGCUGAAACGGGGAAGAUCUAACCAACGAAAUAUGAAUUCAAAAGUGGGUUGCAAAUACAGGAAUGGACAGUACCCCUUCAGAAGCUUGAAGUUUGCUAAUAAAACAUGGAGUAAUUCCACGCGUCUACAGAAGCUGAUGGUUGUAAACAAGAAAUUGAGGAAAAUUGGAAACAGUCCAGAUUUUGGAAAAGGCAGAGAGCAAGGAAGGAAUGAACAUAGCCUAAAUUUGGUCAGGAUAGGGGGAGUUCUGUAUAGAGCAUCUAAGAUGAAGCUCACGCAGAGUGUUACCCCAAAAUGCAGAAGUCACACUGAAGGAAGCAUGGCAAACCAUAACAUAAAAAGGUCCAAAACAAGGUCAAGUUCUGCUGUGUACAUACGCGGGAACAAAUUUUUAAUGGAUGCAAGCGGAAGGACUAUGGUACGAGCUGCUGUGAAACCCACCAAAAGUGGAGUUAAUGAACCCUCCAUGGCGAAUGUACCUUUGAAGAGAAUAGACAUUGGUGGAGUAACGUUUGUUCCGAAAUCACCAAAUGUCCUCGUCAGAACCAAUGCUCACAAUGCAAGAAACUACCUGAGCCAAGCAAAGCAGAAAAGUAUAGCACUCUUAACCAGCAACCUGAGGAAAAGCAACCAGCCUUGUAUCUUUUACCAUCGGUUUGGAAAAUGUGUGAGGAAAGAUAAGGGCACAUGUCCACAUGUGCACGAUCCUAAAUACAUAGCCAUCUGCAAGAAUUUUUUGCGAGGCAGUUGUGAGGCUGGCGACUGUACACUCUCUCACGAUGUUGGCCCAGAGAAGAUGCCAACAUGCAAGUACUUCUUGGAGGGUUGCUGUGUUAGGGACAAUUGCCCUUACCUUCAUGUGAAAGUUAGUGCAAAGGCCGAUAUUUGCAAGAACUUUCUUUGUGGUUACUGUCCUGAUGGCCAGGAGUGCAAGAAGCGACACACGUACCUCUGUCCAGAAUUUGAGAAAGCAGGUUCCUGUUCAAAAGGUAAGUCCUGUCCUUACCCUCACAAAACUAUAGUUGAAAAGAAGGUGAGAGCUCAGAAGCAUACAGUGACAACAGAUGAAGCACACAGUACAAGAAAUGAACGGAAGAGAUAUUAUGAGGCAGAAGAAACUGUUUCAGUGGAGAUUGAUGCUGAACCUCAGAAUCCGCAAGUGACAAAUCAAGUAGACAGUAGUGAUCUGAAUGUAAAGAGGUUGAAACUAUUAAAAAAAGUUGAUGACAUGAAGCAAGCAAUGCUGAAUGAAGAACGCCUCUCAGAUGAACAAAUGGAUGGUACUCCGUCUGAAAGUCAGGAGCCAAAGGUAAAACGUAAACUAGGAAUUUUACCAGCAUACAUUCCUCUUGGCUGAGAUCACAGUGAUAAUGUAAAUGAUAUGAUUAAGUUUUUUGUUUUUAUGUAAUGUAUUAUCAAAGUGUAUAAUAAUUAUUUGAAAUAAAUUCUUCAUACAUAAA